UUCAUUCACGCCCACAGGAAUUAACAUUAAUGGACAUUUUGGAACCUGGGGAAGAGGAGGGUGCAAAAGGGGGAGACUCUAAGGAGGAGCCACAAAUGUCCAUAAGCCUGAGUGAGAGAAGUACGCUUCAAGGAAGAAAGAAUGAUUUAUUCUCCUCCACCUAUCACAUGAAGCAAAAAGACGAGGAUUGCAGGGAAAAGGAAGAAGAAAUCCUGUCAGCCUUCUGGAACUGG